GGGGCGGAGACUUCGGGCCCGGCUGGCGGGCGGCGCCGGGAGCGCGGGGGCGGCGGGCCCGGGACGAGCAUGUAGCGGCUGCUGGCGGCGGGUCUCCCGGGGCGGGCCGGGCGGGCCGCGGGAGCCGCACGCGGCGAUAUGGAAGAGGAGAGCAAGAAAGGCAAGAAGCCUGGAAUUGUCUCGCCAUUUAAACGAGUAUUCCUAAAAGGUGAAAAGAGUAGAGAUAAGAAAGCCCAUGAGAAGGUGACAGAGAGGCGCCCUCUGCACACUGUGGUGUUGUCAUUGCCUGAGCGCGUCGAGCCAGACAGACUGCUGAGCGACUAUAUUGAGAAGGAGGUAAAGUAUUUAGGUCAGUUAACGUCCAUACCAGGAUACCUGAAUCCCUCCAGUAGGACUGAAAUCCUGCAUUUCAUAGACAAUGCAAAGAGAGCCCACCAGCUUCCGGGACACUUGACUCAGGAGCACGAUGCUGUGCUCAGCCUGUCUGCGUACAACGUCAAGCUGGCCUGGAGGGACGGGGAGGAUAUCAUCCUCAGGGUGCCCAUCCAUGACAUCGCCGCUGUCUCCUAUGUUCGGGAUGACGCUGCGCACCUGGUGGUCCUGAAGACAGCCCAGGACCCAGGGAUCUCCCCCAGCCAGAGUCUGUGUGCGGAAAGUUCCAGAGGCCUCAGUGCAGGCUCCCUGUCGGAGAGUGCAGUUGGGCCGGUGGAGGCAUGCUGCCUGGUCAUCCUGGCUGCAGAGAGCAAGGUUGCUGCGGAGGAGCUUUGCUGUCUGCUAGGCCAGGUCUUCCAGGUUGUUUACACGGAGUCCACCAUCGACUUUCUGGACAGAGCGAUAUUUGAUGGGGCCUCUACCCCCACCCACCACCUGUCCCUGCACAGCGCCAGCCACGUGACCUCUUCCACAGUCACAUCUUCCUUUGACUCUCAGCUUCCUCUGCAUUUCGGGACUCUUGAAAUCACAUUGAGCCCACCCAAAUUCUCCAGGGUCAUCUCCCUAUUUCAAGAUGACUCUUCUACAAAAGUGGACAUUAAGGAGACCUACGAGGUGGAAGCCAGCACUUUCUGCUUCCCUGAAUCCGUGGAUGUGGGUGGUGCGUCACCCCACGGCAAGACCAUCAGUGAGAGUGAGCUGAGCGCCAGUGCCACUGAGCUGCUGCAGGACUACAUGCUGACGCUGCGCACCAAGCUGUCGUCGCAGGAGAUCCAGCAGUUUGCAGCGCUGCUGCACGAGUACCGCAAUGGGGCCUCUAUCCAUGAGUUCUGCAUCAACCUGCGGCAGCUCUACGGGGACAGCCGCAAGUUCCUGCUGCUUGGUCUGAGGCCCUUCAUCCCUGAGAAGGACAGCCAGCACUUCGAGAACUUCCUGGAGACCAUUGGCGUGAAGGAUGGCCGCGGCAUCAUCACUGACAGCUUUGGCAGGCACCGGCGGGCCCUGAGCACCACAUCCAGUUCCACCACCAACGGGAACAGGGCCACGGGCAGCUCUGAUGACCGGUCGGCGCCCUCAGAGGGGGAUGAGUGGGACCGCAUGAUCUCGGACAUCAGCAGCGACAUUGAGGCACUGGGCUGCAGCAUGGACCAGGACUCAGCAUGAUGGACAGUGCAUGGCGGGGGCACCCACACCUUCCGCACAGUUGUCGUAGGCCUUCCCAGAAGGAGCUGCCCAUACCUGCGUGUCAGCCCUUGGUGGUGGCCAGGGGGAGGCUCCAGGCGCAGAUGGCCCCGGGCGGCCCAGGUCCUCUACUGUGAAGGAGCAGGGAGCUGCCGAGGGACACGAGCCCCAGUGCGGGGUGGAAGGCUCUUUGCCUUGUCCACCAGGGCUCAGCCAAGCCCUGCAGCGUGUCCCCACUCGGGGAGGGCCUGGCCGAGCUGGCAGGGAGAGCCAGUCCUGUCGGCUGGGCCCUUGGACAGCUGUCAGUUUUGCACAUGAUGUUCCUAUUGUAACUCUCAGAGACCUUAAAAAGAAGUUUACUGCAAUGUGAAUAAUUUAA